AUGGGGAUUAAAGGAAUGUGGGAAAUGAUAAAAGAGAAAGGGAAAGAGAUAGAAGAGGAAGAGAUUAAAGGGAAAAGAGUUGCGAUAGAUAUAAGUGAGAUAAUAAUUAGAUGUAUGAAAAAGAAAGAAGAUGUGAAUACGAUGAUGAUGAAAAUAAUAAUCAAAAGUAAAGAAAAAGGGAUUUAUCCAAUAUUUGUAUUUGAUGGGAAAACACAAACAUAUUUAAAAGAAAACACAAUCAAAAAAAGGAUAAAAAGAUAUAAUAAAGAAGAAGAAAGAAAGAAAGAAAUAGAAAAGAAAGAAAUAAAUAAAUUAAUAACAUCAAUUCAAAAAAGAAAGAAAGAACAUAUAGAAAAUAAUAAUACAAAUAAUAAUAAUAAUGAAGAAGAACUUCUUUUACUUAUUAAAAAAGAUAAACAAGAUGAAUACAAACUUACUCCAAAUAUAUCAUUAAUUCAAAAUAUUAAUUCUAAUUUAAAUUCUAUUAAACGAAUUUAUUCUGAUUCUCUUCUUGAUUCUUCUUCUUCUCCUUUUCUUUUUACUCAUACUCAAAUUAAUCAUAGAAUUAUACAUGGUUUUUAUAAUAGAUAUUCUUAUUCUAUUAAUUCUCCUCAUCAUUCUUCUCUUUUAUCUUCUGAUCUUUCUCUUUGGGGUCUUGGUGCUCUUUCUUUUUCUCUUUAUUCUUCUUUAAUCAAUUCUUUUCUUUCUUCUCUUUCUUCUAUUCCUCUUUCUGAUUCUUCUAUUCCUCCUUUCCUUUCUUCAAUUGAUUCAUUUGAGUCAAUUGAUUCAAUUGGUUCAACUUCUUCUCCUCUUUCUAUUUCUCCUUAUCAAUCUAUCCUUUCAUCUCACACAACUCUUCCCAAUACUGCUAAUUCUAUAAAUUAUGAUUAUGAUUGUUAUAAUAACUGUGGUUAUAACUAUGAUGACUACAAUGAUUGUGAUGAUUAUGAUGACGAAAAGAUAAAACACGAUGAUUAUGAUGAUGAAAAAAGAAGGAAAGAAAAUAGAAGAAAUGAAAACACAAGAAGAGAAGAUGGAACAGACGAGAUAACAUCUUUUCUUCCACUCAUUCCUCAAUUGGACAAAGACACAACAACAACAGAUUGGAUCAACAAUUCCACAUCCAUUCAACCAUCUUAUUGUUUUCAACAAAACAUCAACAAUGAUAGAAAUUACAAUAUAAACAAUGACAUAGAAAAAGAAAGAAAUAAAACUAAAGAAAAUAAAGAAGAAAGAACAAACAAACAAAUUGACACUAAAGAAGUGAAGAUAGAAGAAAUAAACAAAAUAAAGAUAGAAGAAAUAAACAAAGAAAAGCAAGAAGAAGAAAUCAUUCAAGAAAUAGAAGAGAUAAUUAAUCGUAUGAAAGAAGAAAAGAAAGAAAAACAAAAGUGUUGUAUCAAUAUAAAAGAAGAAACAAAACAAGAAGAACAUAUUUCCAAAGAAGAAACAAACAAUCAAAUGAAAGAAAAAGAAGAAAUAUAUGAAAUAAUUAAUAAAGAUCAUAUUAAUGAUAUUAAUAAAGAUGAUAUUAAUGAUAUUAACAAAGAAAAAGAAGAAGAAGAAAUAAAAGAAAUAAUUAACAUAAAAGAAGAAGAAAUAAAAGAAAUUAAUAAUAAAGAAAAGAAAGAAAAAGAAAAUUUUAAUUGUAUUAGUAAUGGAAUUAUUAAGAAUCAAGUUAUUUAUCAAAAACUUAUUAAAAUGUUUAAAGAAAUUAACAUUCCAUAUAUAAUUGCACCAGGUGAAGCUGAAGCUCAAUGUUAUCAACUUGAACAUGAUGGAUUAUGUGAUUAUAUAGCAACAAAUGAUAGUGAUAUCUUUGUUUAUGGUGCUAAAAAUGUUAUCAAAAACUUAUUCACUUCUUCUCAUCCUCUUUUAUAUUCUUCUUCAACUUUCGACUAUUCUCUUGACCAAAUUAGACUUUAUUCUCUUCUUGUUCCUUCUGACUAUUCUAAUGGCAUUCCUAACAUCGGUCCAAUCUCUGCUAAAAAAAUCAUCAAUUCUUUUCAUACAAUCAAUGACUUCCUCAAUCCCUCCCUUCUUUCUUCUCCUCCUCCUCAUCUCUCUUCUAUCCUAUCUUCUCUUCAUCUUCCCCCUCAUUUCCCUAACCCUUUAAUUCUUUCUCAAUUCUCUUCUCCAAACGUUCUUCUUUCUCCUUCUCUUCCUAUCUCUCCUCUCCCUUCUCUUUCUUCUCUUUUCCUUUAUUCUAAACACUCUUUACAUUGGUCUUCUUCUCUUCUUCUUCGUUAUUUCCCUUCUUUCUGCUAG